AUGGCCUCUGACACCAGCGGCAUCCUCAACUACAUGUUUGGUCCGUCUGACGGCUCUCGCCCUUACAAUACCAUCAACUCAGAUAGCGCCACCGGAAGGCCAGUCCGCAACUGGACCGAGGACAAGCAUGAUAUACGAAUCGAGGAUGUGCGCGGGAAGGAGGAGCUUUAUAAGCUCGACACUGCUGGGUUUCAGUAUGGGCGAGAAGCGGCGAAGCAUACCAGCUUCUUGAAUGAUGAUGAGAUUGAGCGCGAAUACUACCCCGAGAGCAUCGACCUUAUCAAGAGGGUUACGGGAGCAACCAGCAUUGUCAUCUUCGAUCAUACUAUUCGUCGCCGUCGCCCAGAUGAGAUAGACGAUGGCCCACAGAAACGUCAACCAGUUCCGCUGGUUCAUGUGGACCAAACGACUGCAUCGUCCAUUGCUCGUGUUCACAGGCAUCUCCCGCCAACAGAAGCUCCUUCCCUCCUUCGAAGACGUUUCCAACUCAUUAACCUUUGGCGUCCUAUAUCACAUGCGGCUGUAGAUUGGCCGCUUGCACUAUGUGACUUCCGGAGUGUUGAUUACGAGAAAGACUUGGUGCCUGUCGCUCUUGUAUACCCUGACCGCGAGGGUGAGACAUUUGGAGUCAAACACAACCCAAACCACCAGUGGAAAUACCUGAAGGCGAUGACCCCAGAAGAGUUUGCUCUUAUCAAAUGCUUUGACUCGGUGCAUGAUGGCAGUGUCGCAAGGCUCGCGCCUCAUACUGGCUUCGAAGACCCGAACACUCCAGAGGGAGCACCGCUUCGUGAAUCCAUCGAGCUGAGGGCCCUGGUAUUCUAUGAUUAG